AUGUCUGGACGCGGCAGUGAAGAUGCCGGUGCCAAGCAAGAGGCGAUCAAACUGUUGGCCACAGAGGAAGGCUUCCGCUACAUCCGUGAUGUCGUUGAUACGCACAUCCCUGAGGCUAUGGCCUGUGGGAUCACCCAAAAGGCCGCUCUGUGGGAGAGCGAAGUCAGUCCUCUCUUCCUGUUUGUGACGCACAAAAGCGUCACGGGCUCCGCCUUUCUCGAAGAGCAGGUUGCAAGCAUAUAUAACUUUCUCGUUGGCGUGGGUGGAAAACGCAUGAAUGCGCUGUUCAACUUCGUCAUUGUUCUCGCCAAGGAUCCCAACAGACCAACGCCUCCGACCAACAUGGUUCUCGUUGAGUUAAGUCUGGCAGUGCUGGCCCAAAUGAUCUCAUCCAAUACAACAAACAUGGCAAACGACGACUUCCGUGUUUUUGUAGACGAGCUGGCCACACUGGCCACGGCUGGCAAUGCCGUUCUUAGAGACGAGCUUUCUCAACGGCGAACCAACACGUAUGCGAGCUACAUCCGCAGACGCCUGCAGGUCGGCGAUAAUCUCCCAGACUUCCAGCCGAACUUGGUAGCUGCUUCUGUGGGACCUGUGCCCUCGUUCCGGUUUCGAAGUGACUUUCCAGGACACUUGUCCGCUGAUGGGAGGCGGCAUGGCAAUGACUACGCCGACAUCGCGCGUAUCUCCAUCAUGCCAACAUAUGAAGAAAUCAUGUGCGACCGUUCUGAGUACCUCCCUGUCACAGACCCGGAACAGUGGCACCGGCAGGGAAUUUCUGGUCGCCUAGAUCGUGAGUUUCGACUGCUGCGGGAGGACACCGUGGGCCAGCUUCGGGAUGUCGUUCGAAUGGAGCUGGACAACCUCAUUCGGCUUGAGAAGGAAAAGACUGCCCCUGGCCAGACCAAGCAACGUGCGCAUGCAGCUUCAGGGAAAGACAAUAUUCGAUAUUGCACGUACCAAGAUGCCAAUAUUAUCAGGUUGGACUUUGAACGUCGCACAGGAUUGGAGUUUGUCGUCCGUUUUCAGCAGCCGGCCCCCAGUCAUGUCUCCGCUGGCGGCUCGAACGGCUUGGGUGGCAAGGCAGCCCAGCUCCAUAAGCGCCGCAUUGAGUGGUGGACACGGGCAAAGAAGCGAUUGCAACCGGGCGGCCUGCUGUGCGCCAUUGACUUUCGCGGCUCGGUACUUUUCUUCACAGUGGCCCACUCGACACUCCGGACGCUUCAGGAUGCUGGUCACCGGAAGAAAGAUGGAAAGGAAAAUACGGAAGAGGAGAAAGUCAAACCUGUGACGCUGGCAGACGAUGCCUUGCAUUCCUAUGUCAGACUGAACUUGGUGGGCGCCGACAAAAUGGACCAUGUCAAGGAAGCCCUCAAAUGGUUCUUGCAAAGCAAGACAAACACUAGUGGCGGCAGCCUUUGGCAUCAGCAGCGAGUCUUGGUGGAGUUUCCGGGAAUCCUGCUCGAUGCUUUCCAGCACACGUUAAGGGCCCUACAGACCGCCUCGCAAAAAAUGGACGUGCCGUUUGCUGAUCUCAUUGCCCCCACGAAAACACUUGACGGUGUAGUAGGUAAUGGGAUUGCUGAUGUGCCGCCGCCAAUAUACGCCCAGAAACCUGGAUUUGUCUUCGACCUGGGAUGCCUGCGAAACGUCGGUAGCAAUGAGAUAUUGCAGCACAGCAUCCAGAAAGCGCUGGAACCAGAGAAACUAGAAGCCAAUUCCUGUCUGGACAGAACCCAGUCGAAAGCUCUGACACAGACCCUCUCGAGAAGCAUGGCCCUCAUCCAGGGACCGCCUGGGACGGGGAAGACAUAUGUGGGUGUCGAGAUCAUCAAGGUGCUCCUUGGCAACAAAAAAUCGGCAAAGCUGGGCCCCAUACUGUGUGUGUGUUAUACCAACCAUGCGUUGGACCAGCUGCUCGAGCACCUUCUCGACUACAGCGGUACCGGCCAGAUUAUCCGCAUGGGUUCGGGCUCCAAGUCCGAGAGGCUGAAAAACCGGGGUCUGCGAGACGUCGCCGGCAAGAUCACCCGGACACGAGAGGAGAGGAAAUCUAUGUGGGCAAGGGGAACCGAUCUGGACUCGUCAACGGAAGAGCUGCAGGAAUUGUCCCAGCGCAUAAGCCGGGCGCUCCCGUUGGCAGAGAUAGUGCGCUUCUUGUGGGAAAACCAUAUGGCGCACUAUAAACAGCUAUUUCGCACAAACGUCCUCCUUAUGGGACAUGGCAAAAAUGCCAUCGGUGCCAAGGAUGAGGACGGAUAUCGGACCGUGCUGGGGAAGCCAGAUCAGAAAAUCAGGGAAUGGCUUGGCGGCGGAAAGCGAGAGGAUGGCCGCAGGAACCCCAGACGCAAGCCAGAGGACCUCGAAGAGGCCGACCUCCACACACUGACACACAGAGAGCGACAUGACCUCUACAAAUGGUGGGAAAAGUGCAGUUUUCAAGAGGUCACAGACGAGAUUGUCAAACAGAAUGGCGUGUAUGCGGUUGCGAAGCGGUCCUUCGACUUGGCGUGUCGUGAGGUCGACCUGAGAUGUCUCAACGAGGCGGAUGUGAUCGGCGUGACAACGACUGGGCUAGCACGAAACAUAGAGCUGCUGCGGCACUUGUCUAGCAAGGUGUUGUUCUGCGAAGAGGCCGGAGAGGUGUUGGAGGCCCAUGUGCUCACAUCUCUGCUACCGUCCAUCGAGCACGCGAUCCUUAUUGGCGACCACCAGCAGCUGCGGCCUCAGGUGCAGAAUUAUGAGCUUCGGAGCGACAAUCCACGCGGACAGCAGUUCUCCUUUGACAUGUCGCUAUUUGAACGUCUUGUGGUGCCACAGCACUCUAGCGAGCUACAGCUUCCGCUGAGUCAGCUGGCAACACAGCGCCGCAUGCACCCGUCGAUCUCGGCACUGAUCCGCGCCCCAUUGUAUCCAGAACUGGAGGAUGGUGAAAGUGUUGGACAAUACCCAGAGAUUCCAGGCCUGGUGCGGCGGCUUUUCUGGCUACGGCACUGCCAGCCUGAGCUCGGAGCUGCAGAUGGACCGCAGGCUGAUCCCACGACUGCUUCGCGCACGAACAGCUUCGAAGUCGAGAUGACUGCGGCCCUCGUGUCGCACAUCGCAAAGCAAGGAGUCUAUGCCAGCGGAGACAUUGCCGUGUUGACGCCGUACCUAGGGCAGAUGCAGCUGCUGCAACGACGCCUGGCGUCCAUGUUCGAGAUUAGCUUCAACGACCGCGACUUGGAGGAGCUGGAGGCCGCGGAGGCCAUUGACGGUGCCGCUGACGAGACAACGGAUAUCACAAGGGCCACAGCUGCCUCCUCUAGUCUGAGGCGUGGCCCACAACCGGCAAGGACGACUCUCCUGCGCAGCGUCCGUGUGGCCACAGUAGACAACUUCCAGGGCGAAGAGGCCAAGCUGAUCAUCGUGUCGCUUGUUCGCAGCAAUCCACAGCAACGAUGCGGGUUCCUCAGCACGGCCAACCGAAUCAACGUUCUGCUUUCGAGGGCCAAGCAUGGCAUGGUCAUUAUCGGAAACAGCGAUACCUGUGCCAGAGUUCCCAUGUGGAGACAGGUGGUAGCGAUGCUCGAGGCCAAGGGCAACAUCGGCGAAAAGCUUCCACUGUGUUGUCCGCGGCAUCCCGAGCGCACUUUUGAAGCCUCUAACCCAGACCACUUCUUGCAGUUCUCACCCGACGGCGGCUGUCUCUUGCGGUGUGACAAGCGGCUGUUCUGUGGGCAUGCCUGCACCGGCCGCUGCCACUCGGAUAUUGUACACCAGGCCGUCGAGUGUUUGGAACCCUGUCCAAGGCCACUGCGCGGAUGCGAUCACAACUGCCCACGACCUUGUGGAAAGGAGUGUAUUAUCCAAUGCAACGUCGUGCUCGAAGAUUCUUUCCUGACACUGCCAUGUGGACACCAACGAAUAGCACCGAGGUGCUUCGAAAUGCAAAGGCCUCAGUCUAUCAAAUGUAUGGAGCGCGUCGUUCGUACUGUUCCAGGAUGUGGACACACGGUUCAGGUAGCCUGCCACACCAAUGUUUCGGAAGAUGCAUUCCCCUGCACGGCCAAGUGCGGCAGCCCGUCUGUCUGCGGAGAGCGCUGUCCGGGGCAGGAGUUCUGUCAAGUGUGUGGUCACAAAGACGUUCUCGACCAAGUGGUAGAUUUCAUCAUGAUGACGACGUACCGCGACACGGAUGUUGACGAGGAUCCGUGCAUUUUCCCGGACUGCGGUCACGUAUUGGCAAUGUCGUCCAUGGACGGCAUCAUGGACAUGACCAAGCAUUAUGCCAUGCACGAAGAGAACGGCCAGGUGCAUCCGGCGUCCUUGUUGACAUCUUCUGCGCCAUUUGAUAUGGCCGAGGUGAAAGUUUGCCCCAAUUGUCGAGGAUCCCUGCGCAGUGUGGCACGAUAUGGGCGCAUCGUCCGCCGGGCGCUUCUGGACGAAUCAACCAAAAAAUUUAUUGCUUGGGCCAACCAACAACACCAGGUCCUGUUCAUGCGAUUUCUAGCAGAGAGAGAGCGCCUGGAAACAGAAGCCCCGUCACGAAACAACAAUGAAUCAUGGAAGUCGGUUGUCUCCAAAGGUCGUGAAUCCGGCAUCAGGCGACUUGUCCGUGCAGCAGAUGCAACACGAUACGCAAAGCUCUCCAAGCUGCGGGAUGACAUCCGGUGCUAUGCAAGGAAAGUACACAUGGGUGAGCAACCGUUUCAGAGGGUGGCAGAUUUGGUGCAGUUUGCCCGGCGCAAGCGUCAGGGAGAACACGAGGAACAGACGCCCAGGAACAACUUCAAUUUUGAUGAAUCGGUCAUCCAAGUGCGCUGCCAUAUGGUUGCCACGAUCCUGCUUCUGCGCUGCGAUAUUUUUGCCCUCCAGGAUGUUUACGACCUCGUCUGUAAACCGACUCUGAAUCAGGCGAGCAAGGACGCCGUCAGCAUUGCCAUGCAGAAGAUGGUGACAAUGGGCGGCACCACAGAGCUUAUCAAAGACUGCGAAGCUUCUAUAACGCUGGCCCAGGGGGCCAAGUGCGUCCGACAAGAAGUCGAGGGGCACAUCUGCUUUGCACAACUUUGUCAUUUGUUCCGAAACAUGUCCAUGUUCGAUCCGGCCAGAAAAGACGAGGCGCGGGAAACUAUAAAAGAAGCUGGUCUUGCGCAUGUGGAAGAUGCCAAGCUGUUGGUCGAAAAGAGCUUAUCGGCAAAGUCGCUGGAGCCAGAGCUUGUAGCAGCCGAAAGGGCGUUGUCCGAUGCGCCAUUCUACAAGCCUGUGACGACAGCAGAGCUCAAGGCAGUGUACACGGCCAUGUCAAGAGAGUUCAGUGGCACCGGUCACUGGUACACGUGUGCACAGGGCCACUACUUCACCGUAGGCGAGUGUGGUAUGCCGAUGGAGCAGACGCGAUGCCCAGAAUGUGGAUCGCCUGUUGGUGGACGAGACCACACGAGUGUAGAGGGAGUGCGAGCAGCAGAUGAUGUGGAGAGAAUUGCGAGGGAAUUGAACCAGCCCAUUGGCAUUGCGAUGUCUACGUUCGAUGGCAAUAUUCGAGAGUUUCCCGACAUACAAGGUGCGCAGAAAUGGCACUUUCUUCUACGAAAGGUCGCUGACAAGGUUGACCACCUCGUGGGUCUCGAGACGCUGCGCUCGCCGUUGUACGAGGAUGUCUGGAUCGCUCUCGCGAAAGCGCUGGAUUCAAGAGUGCAUGUGGAUCCGUAUAGGAUGCAGCUAUACCAAUCCCUCGCAGUAAAGGAAUCAAAGCAUCGGUUCUCUGAUGCCAUUCCUCUUGCCCCUGAGGCCCCCGGGCUUGUCGGCUUCUUGUGCGCCAACACGGCGCAUGAAGGAUGUCUGUCGACCGCUAAUGACGCAGGUGUUCAUAUGCGAAUACACAGCUGCGAGAAUGGUACCAGCCACUGUUCGGAUAUGGGAGACGCGUCGGUAGUGUGGAUCCAGCCGAUCGUGUCUCGCCUUUCUCACGGCCGUGGUGACUUUAUCGAGGCUGCCAUGUGCGAUCUGGAGAGACAGCCGAGAAAACAAGCGAGGCGCAGCGAACCAGAAACAAUUUCACGGACUAUCACGUUCCCGUACUCCCGACAUUCAUCAUACCCAGAGCUAUGCCAUCUUCUCAGCGAGCUGCGUCCAAAGGAUGUCUGGCCCUGCACAGUCAACCCCGAUCGGUGGUUUCAGAGCGGUAGCAUUGUGACCAUUAAAGAUUUAUUUGGGGAGUUUUGUUCGGGUGAUGUCUUCCGCCAUGAUGAGGAGGUCGCUUCAAAGUGGAAACAGGGUCUUAAGAUGGUGGUGGAUGAUAGCCAGGCCACGGCUGAUUCGGAUUUGUACCCGCACCUAGAUACACUUGAGGCUGAUUACGAAAGUGUCUCAGCAGAGGCAGAGCUAUUUCGUCCGUGCGACCCCCCCUUCUUUGCGUACGGGGGAAAAGACGCACAAGGUUCACAAGACUCUCAAAAUUCGAUGAUAUCAGAAUUCUCUAUGGAGAAAAGAACACAAGCUCACGAUGCCAUGCUGAUGAAUGCGGCAGGUGGCCGAGACUGGAAUUGCAUCGGCCUCCUUUCUACAAACGACCGCCACACUCUUCCUGACGAGGACCUUGGCGUUAGAUAA